AAAAAAAAAAAAGAGAGAAAUCAAUAAAGAAGAAAAAUUGAGACCAAUUCUGAAGCACUCCUGAAAUGAUCGAUCCUUGCUCCCUCCUGACAUUUUCUUAACUGAACUUUUGCUUUAAUAUUUUCAACAGAAAUGUUUUGCUAAUGCGAGGGGGAGUGGCUUUGGCUUAACGCCUUUGUUUUUUCCAGUUAGCCUUCCUCUUCACAAAGCAUUGCAUCCUGGUUCUUUGAAAUCCCCAUUGAAUUUGGACAAAUUAUGUCUUGGCACUCAACCCAUUUUCCUGGAACACAAUGUGAUGCUGACGACACAGCCCAGUCACUCCACUUGACAAUAAAUUUGCUUGUCUCAUUUCACUUGAAUAUUCAGUGGUGAGUAAGAACAGAAGUGGAAAGCCUUACUUACUGCAGUUUAUUAUAUGUUUCGUGCCCAUGAUAAUUACUUUUAUAAUGCCAUUCAUGAAUGCAUUGAUCAGAUUAGGCUGAAUCACCUGGCUGGCCAAUAAGCAUUGGAAUGAUUCUCCAUGCAUGACUUGGUUGCAUUAUUACAAAACGUGGCCGAGACCUGCCCAGCCAUCGCAGCAGACGUUCAUUUGUGAUGCUGCCUUAAGGAGAUGAAGAGAUGAGAGCCAACUGUUCCAGCAGCUCAGCCUGUGCUGCUAACAGUUCAGAGGAGGAGCUGCCGGUGGGACCGGAGGCACAUGGGAACCUCGAACUCGUUUUCACAGUGGUGUCCGCCGUGAUGAUGGGCCUGCUCAUGUUCUCCCUGGGAUGCUCUGUGGAGUUCCAGAAGCUCUGGGCACACAUCAGGAGACCCUGGGGCAUUGCUGUGGGACUCCUCUGCCAGUUUGGCCUCAUGCCUCUCACAGCCUAUCUCCUGGCCAUCAGUUUCUCUCUGAAGCCCGUCCAAGCUAUUGCCGUUCUCGUCAUGGGGUGCUGCCCUGGGGGAACCAUCUCCAACAUUUUCACCUUCUGGGUCGAAGGAGAUAUGGAUCUCAGCAUCACCAUGACAACCUGUUCCACAGUGGCCGCUCUGGGAAUGAUGCCGCUCUGCCUGUAUGUCUACACCUUGUCCUGGAAUCUUGAGCAGAAUCUUACCAUCCCGUAUCAGAACAUAGGAAUCACCCUUGUGUGCCUGACCAUCCCCGUGGCCUUCGGAAUCUAUGUGAAUUACAGGUGGCCUAAGCAAUCCAAAAUCAUUCUCAAGAUUGGGGCCAUUGUUGGUGGGGUCCUCCUUUUGGUGGUCGCAGUUGCUGGUGUGGUGUUGGCAAAAGGAUCUUGGAAUUCAGACAUCACUCUUCUGACCAUCAGUUUCAUCUUUCCUUUGAUUGGCCAUGUCACGGGCUUUCUGCUGGCACUUCUUACCCACCAGUCUUGGCAGAGGUGCAGGACAAUUUCCUUAGAAACUGGAGCUCAGAAUAUUCAGAUGUGCGUCACCAUGCUCCAGCUGUCUUUCACCACCAAGCAGUUGGUCCAGAUGCUUAGUUUCCCGUUGGCCUAUGGACUUUUCCAGCUGUUGGAUGGAUUUCUCAUUGUUGCAGCAUACAAGAUGUACAAGAGGAGACUGAAGAAGGAACACAGAAAAAAGGACACAGGUUGUGCAGAAGGCUGCCAUAAAAAGAAAUCUGCUUCUCUCAAAGAGAGCAGUGCUUUCUUGGAGGUGAAUGAAGAAGUUGCCUUCACUCCUGGACCUUCAGUGCCGAUGGAUCUCCACACAGCUCUUGAGCCAUCCGGCCCCAUCACCUCUUGUACCUAGUAAGGGUUGCUGGCCUGCCCGGUCUCCGUCUUCCUCAGCGGCCAGUAAAGACAGUGCAGAGCUGAUGCGUGGAUCUCAUUGGCAGGGCCUGUGGGAAUAUUUGAAUAUUUAUAUUUUCAUGUGGUUUGUGAAUUGUCAUUGGAUCCAUUUUUGAAAAUGUAUUUCACUUACUUCAGGGAGUUUUUUUGGGGGGGGG